AUGUCGAAGCAAGAUGUAAGCUGUUUUCCAGGCCUUUGGCCCCGAGUGGUCACCAUGUGUAUGAUGAACCUCCCUCCCGCCACCAAUCGAAGUUUAUCACGGAAGAGUUCCGGAAACUUCUUGCGACCCCAAGGCCUACAGCUACCUCUACAUUCACCUACACCCAGCGUCUCUUACCACAGCAUGACGGGUGAGUUUCAUGAGGAUGGCGAACCAAUUAUAAAAAAGAGGAAAAAGAAAAUUUACCUUGCCGACCUACAUCCACGGGAAACUGGGAAGAAGAGAGAGGUAGCGAGGAAGUAUCGAGACCGCGCCAAGGAACGCAGAGACGGUACGAACCAAGGGUAUGCGGGAAGGGAGGCCAGCGCCACAGCUCCCUGUGAGACUGUGGGCCUUAUGGGUGAGGCCGACUGCCCUGCCAAAAACAGAAGGCAGUUGCCCGGGGAGUCCCGAUUCUUGGAUAGUGACAUAGAACAUACCCGUUUGGUGAAAGGCUUGGAUUUUGCUCUACUUCAAAAAGUCCGCACCGAGAUUGCUAGCGAAGAGAAAAAGAGAGAAUUUAUGGAAAGGGUGCAGAAGGAAAUCAAGGAUAAGGAUCCUGAAAAUAAAAUUGAAUUUAAAACAUCUCUGGGCCGCAGUAUUUACCAAAUACUUUUUAAGAACAAAGUGCAUAAGCAGAAUGACCUGUUCUUGCAGGGUCGCAUGACUUAUGUCAUCAACCUGAAGCAAGAUGCUGACUCAGAUAUCCCCAUCACCCUUAUCCAAGGGAAGCACAAUUGCUCUGCCACAAAAGUCAGAAAGACCACGCUGACAGUAAAGGACACUAUCAUCAGCGAGCUCAUCCAGGUCUUCUCCGAUGCGAGGCAGCGAACCGAUGGAAAGACAUCACAGAAUGAUAAAGAGACACUGGAAGAGAAGAAACCUCCAGAAGCCAGCGUGAGCAUCUUUAAAGACACUGGGGAUUAUGUACAACACAUGACUAAGAUGCUUCCGAACAAGGAGGUGGAAAGAUGCCAGAAACAGGAGCAUGGUAGAAAGAGAGAUGGAGACCAUAACCGACGGUGGGAGCGAGAUCAGGACACGAAGAGAGGGGACACAAAGAAGCACAGCUACUUUGCUAAGACACAAAGAGACAAUGAGCCCAUAGACAAAGAAUCUGGAUCUACCAAGGGGUUCAGCAAGUCCAUCAGUGAAAAGUUUGUGCCGUCUGCUGGCUGGGAGGAUAUGAAACUGCUAAAGAAGCCAGAAGUCAAAACACAGCUGGGAGAUUUCUUUGACACAUCCAAUAGUUACGCAGAGUGCUACCCAGCCACAAUGGAUAACAUGGCUGUGGAUAGUGAUGAGGAGGUGGAGUAUAACAGGAGCUUCUUGAGUCACUGGCACUUCAAUACCCAGGAAGAAUACAAGAAGUACAGGAAUAACAAAAUUUCAUCCAAAGCUGCAUUCCAGUGUGACAGCAAGACAUCUGAAGGACAGAAAACUAAGCACUGCAAGAAGACCACGGCAGAGUUUUGUGACCAACGGAAGAAGAGUGUGAUCCUUGAAAAGAUAAUGAAAACUUAA